AUGUCGUCGUAUCGAAACAGUCCCCGGCGAGACUCCCACAUCGAUCUGUCUGCCGCCAACUCCAGCAUCAAUCGCAACAACUCAACAACGUCAUCGGCAUCCUCCGGCUACUCCUACUCCUCUGAACACAGCGCCCAUAGCCAGUCCACGUCCGCGAGUAGCAUUUACGGAUCGGUUGGCCACAAGCGCGGCCAGAGCGAUGUCAUGUCCAGAGCACGACUCUUCGAGGCCGGCGACACGAGCGGCGCCAGUUCUAGCAGAGGCCAGGAUAACAUAUAUGGCUCAGUCCGGCAAUCGCUUCGCCCGCUGCCGCGAACCCCAACGGCCUCUUCCAUCGGAGCCCCAGCGGCACCACCUCAUGGCUCUAAGGCGCCGCGUGAGAGAGGCCAGAGCAUAGACAUUGGCCGAUUGUCACUGUCCCAGAACGAUGGCGUCGUCGCCUCGCCCACAGUGCCCUCGCGACCUCUGCCAGCACGGCCAACCUCCAUGUACAUGUCUCGAGCCGAGCCUGCGAUUCCGGAAGAUGCAGUCAUGGCGCCGACGCACCAUGGCCAUUCUCACUCCCACAGCGCUCAUAUAGCCCGCCCUGAUCUUGAGCGGCUGGGUCGAUCUUCCACAAGCCAACUCCGGACGCUCUCCCAGCUUGCAAAGUCCGAGGACGCCGAGGACUUCAAAAUCAACUCGCCUACGCAAGAGGUGGCUGGGCUUCGAGGCCGCCGUAGGCUGCAGCGUACCGAUAAGACAGCUGGCCGCUCCAAGACAAACUAUACAUGGGAAGGGCGCAAUUGGAUGGACAAGCAGCGCAGGUUCCUCCAGGCCUACGAAUACCUUUGUCACAUUGGUGAGGCCAAGGAGUGGAUCGAAGAUGUCAUCCAGCAGACUCUCCCACCCAUUGUUGAGCUGGAGGAGGCAUUGCGAGAUGGCGUUAGGCUGGCAGAAGUGGUGGAAUCCCUAAACCCCGAGAGACGUUUUCGGAUAUUUAGAAACCCAAAGCUGCAGUUUCGACACUCUGACAACAUUGCCAUUUUCUUUCGAUACCUGGACGAAGUGGAGCUGCCCGACCUCUUCCGUUUUGAGCUUAUAGAUCUCUACGAGAAGAAGAAUAUUCCCAAGGUCAUCUACUGUAUUCACGCUCUGAGUUGGCUUCUCUUUCGCAAAGGAAUUGUUGAUUUCCGCAUCGGCAACCUUAUCGGCCAGCUGGAAUUCGAGCAUCAUGAAUUGGAGGCAAUGCAAAAGGGGUUGGACAUGCUCGGUGUUAACAUGCCUAGCUUUGGCAACAUGGGCGCUGAUUUUGGCGUUCCCGAGCCCGAGCCCGAGCCCGAGCCCGAGCCUGAAGAAACCGAAGAAGAGAGGAUCGAGCGCGAAUUGGCAGAGAACGAAGAUGUCAUCAUCGACUUCCAGGCACAGCUUCGUGGCGCGCUGCUCCGACUGAAGCUUGGGGAGAUGAUGCAAGGCUUCUGGGAUGAGGAGCAGUGGCUGAUUGACCUGCAAUCAAGGAUACGAGGCAACUUUACCCGCGAGGUUAUGAACUAUCGAAUGCAGAUGAGGCAGUCCGCCAUUCUCGUCCAGAGCCUUGUCCGUGGAUACCUUGUUCGCAAGGGGCUCAAGAAGAGCGACCAAGCCAGGAAAGCUGCAGAGCCUGCUAUUUUGGCCUUCCAGAGCAUGCUUCGAGCGCAAAAGGCACGUAACGAGAUGCAAGGCCUCAAGUCUACACUGUCUCGUUGUGAUGCCCCGAUUAGGGCAAUUCAAGCCAUGUCAAAGGGCUUUCUGCUCCGCAAAUCUCAAAAUGUGCAGCAGCAGGAGACGAAGGCGGCCGCCGGGGAAGUCCAAAAUCUUCAGGCGCUUGCCAGGGGAAUGCUGGCGCGGCACAGAAUCAGCAAGGACGUGCAGGAGACGAAGAAGGCCGCCAACGAAGUCCAAAAACUUCAGGCGCUUGCCAGGGGAAUGCUGACGCGGCACAAAAUCAGCAAAGACGUUCAGGAGACGAAGAAGGCCGCCAAAGAAAUCCAAAACCUCCAGGCGCUUGCCAGGGGAAUGCUGACGCGAUACAAAAUCAGCAAAGAACUGCGCGAGCUUGAAGAGCACACCCCAAUGGUUGCCAGCCUGCAGGCCGCCGUCAGGGCUGCACUGGUUCGUGCAAGAAUCGAACAGCAACAACAAGAUCUCCACUCCUUCACAGACGUAUUCACCUCCUUACAAAGUGCGAUCCGCGGCCGCGCCGCCCGAGAUGAACAAGAGGUUCUCAAGGCCGAGCUGGCUCAACAUGUACCUGCUAUUGGACAACUUCAGGCUGCAAUGCGAGCUGCCGCCGUGAGGAGGGAAAUUACAACUCGCCUCGAUGACUUGAAAGAGAACGAACCUGCCAUUAUUGAACUCCAAGCACAUAUCAGGGCCAUGUUUGAGAGGCAAAAGGUGUUGGCAAUUCAAGACCAACUUGAUGCUGAAGAGCCGGCAAUCAUCGACCUGCAAAGCCACAUCCGAGGUUUCCUGUGCCGUCAGUAUCACUAUGACUUGUUAGAUGAACUGUCAUCCCAUGACGCAGAGACCGCCGAGUUCCAAGCCAUCCUCAAGGCCAUGAUGGAGCGAGCGAGAAUUGACGACCUACUCACGGAGCUCCUCGAGGAAGAAGAUUCCAUCGUCAUCUUCCAAGCAGCCGCCAAGGCUUUCCUCAUUCGACUUCGCUUCGAGGAGAAGAAGCGAUUUUACGAGGAGAAUAUGAGAAAGGUCAUCAAGAUCCAGAGUUUUGUGCGUGCCAAAGUGCAAGGCGAGGCGUACAAGAGCCUCACUACGGGCAAAAACCCGCCCGUCAGCGCUGUCAAGAACUUUGUGCACCUGCUCAACGAUAGCGACUUUGACUUCAAUGAAGAAGUCGAGUUUGAGCGGAUGCGGAAGACGGUGGUCCAGCACGUGCGGCAGAACGAGAUGUUGGAGCAAUACAUCGAUCAACUGGAUAUCAAGAUUGCUCUCCUGGUCAAAAACAAGAUUACUCUGGAUGAAGUCGUGAAACAUCAGCACACUUUUGGCGGAACCUCGAUGGGUCUGCUGGCCAACUCUACGAUCGCGUCAACCAACCAGUUUGAUCUCAAAGCGCUCAACAAAAGCUCCCGAAAGAAGCUGGAGUCUUACCAGCAGCUGUUUUUCAGUCUCCAGACGCAGCCCCAUUAUCUUGCCCGCCUGUUCAAACACAUCCGCGUGCAGGUGACGGCCGAAAAGGACAGCAGGCGCAUUGAGCUUCUUAUGAUGAGUCUCUUUGGUUACGCCCAGAAGCGACGAGAGGAGUACUACCUUUUGAAGCUGAUUGCCCGAUCAAUACGGGAGGAGGUUGAAAGCUCAGCAAGCGCGCUGGAGUACUCUCGAGGCCAUUACUUUUGGACCAAGCUGCUUGCUAACUACACACGGUCCCCGCGGGAUCGCAAGUAUCUCCGGUCCCUCUUGGGGCCCUUGAUUCGCGAUAACAUCAUUGAAGACCCGGCACUCGAUCUGGAGAGUGACCCUAUGCAAAUCUACCGAUCUGCCAUCAACAAUGAGGAGCUGCGGACAGGAAGGCCCGAUCACCGGCCUCUGGAUGUCCCCCGCGAAGUUGCCAUCCGCGAUCCGGAGACACGACGCCUCUUCAUCGACCACUUGCGAGACUUGAGAGAGAUUUGCGACCAGCUGUUCUCGUCUUUGGAAGAACAAGUGCAUAAAAUGCCCUAUGGUCUCCGGUUCGUCUGCAGCGAAAUGUUCCAGGCCCUGCGCCAGCACUUCACGCGUGAGCCGCCAGAAAACUUGCUGCAAAUGGUGUCCCAUUGGCUGUGGAAGUUCUACCUCCAACCUGCCGUCACCAUGCCCGAAAACGUGGGCGUCAUUGACAAGUCGCUCAGCCCACUUCAGAAGAGGAACCUGGGCGAGGUUGCCAAAGUAAUUGGGCAAAUCGCUCUGGGCCGGCCAUUUGGCGGCGAGAACAUCUAUCUCCAGCCCCUGAAUGCCUUCAUCGGCGAAUCCAUGGAGCGCCUGCAGCAGAUCACCAACGACCUCAUCAACGUGCCGGAUGCCGAGAGAACGUUUGACAUUGACGAGUUCAACGACCUGUACGCGAAAAACAAACCUACCUUGUACGUCAAGAUGUCGGAUGUCUUUGCCAUUCACAAUCUGGUGGCGCAAGAGCUCAUGGUCAUGGCUCCAACCCGGGAUGACGUCCUGCGCGAAAUCAUGCAAGAUCUGGGUAGCGCCAAGAGCAACGAGAGUGAAAUGAGUGCGGCAGGAUCGGCGGAUAUUCAGAUGUUCCUGACCCCCAGGCUUCACGACCUUGAGGACCCCGAGGCGGAUGUCAAGGCUUUGUUUAUGGAAACAAAGCGGUGCGUUUUGUACAUUAUUCGAGUGCAAACCGGAGCCAAUCUGCUGGAAAUCUUGGUAAAGCCGAUCACGGUUGAAGAUGAGGAAAAAUGGGAAGCACUUCUCCGAGAGGAUUUUGCGGAUAGUAACUCGCGAGGGGCGUAUUCAGACACUAAGAUGGCUGACAUCACCUCCAUGUCCUACUACGAUCUCAAGCGAACGGCUUUGGAAAACAUUAUGCAACUGGAGCAGAUGGGGAGGAUUUCAAAACAGAACCAGUACCAAGACGUGCUCAACGCCAUUGCCAGCGAUAUCCGGACCCAGAGCCGCAGGCGUGUUCAGAGACAGCGAGAAUUGGACGGCGUGCGCCUGACGCUGGCUAACUUGAACGAAAAGGCCAAAUACCUGGAGCAGCAGCGCAAAAGCUACGACGAUUACAUUGAGCAGUCAAUGAAGACACUUCAGAAUAAAAAGGGACGAAAGAGGUUCCUCAUGCCCUUCACCAAGCAGUAUAAUCAUCAGCGAGAGCUUGAACGUAGUGGCCGGGUGCCAAAGUUUGGAAGCUACAAGUACAGCGCGCGGGCACUGUCGGAAAAGGGCGUUUUGGUGUCAUGGAGCGGAACGGCCGACCGCGAAUGGGACAAGAUUGACAUCACAAUCUCGUGCGACCAGGUCGGCGUGUUUGCCAUAGAGGGCACGCGAAGCCAUAUCCAGAUGCCCGGAGCAACAGCUCAAGUACCGAUCGAGGACAUGCUUCAGGCACAGUUUGAAGCGCACCAGUUCAUGACGCUGUUUGAGGGCACCCUCAAGCUCAACGUGAACCUGUUACUGCAUCUUAUUUACAGGAAGUUUUACCGUACACAGUGA